UGUAUCUGAAGUUGUACAAAGGGAAUACGGAGAUAGUGCGGAGGUAAGGGCCAGUCUAUCCAUACUCCCUUAGAGACUCCUCCCUUAACAGAACUUGAUCUAACGGAAUCAUUGACUAAAAUCAAAACUUAAAUUUCCAUCUGACUUUUUUGUGAUGUGACACUUUCUGUGACACUUUGCUUCCUACUAACCUAAGGUUAGAAUGAUCCUCGCAAGGUAUUGCCACUGCUAACCUUGGAACCUUUUCAUAUUACUUACAAAGCCACAUUACCCCGCCGACUGUCUGCAAGUAUUAAGAGCUGCCUCUUUAUGGAAAUGCUCUGCCUUCAAUAUUUUCCCUUGGUCCCAACUCGUUUCACGAAGAACCAUGGCACAAACCUUUUCUGGAAGUGCUGUUCCAACCAUUGACCUUUCUGUCUUCGCGACUGAGUCGCCACAACAAAUACCUCAUGAGGAGCGCCUCAAGGUCGGGCAGAGCCUCGUUGAAACACUUCACCGCUUCGGUUUCAUUAAGAUCAUAGGACAUGGCUUUCCUAAGCGCGAUAUCACAGAGGCGCUAGCCUGGACUAAGAGAUUGUUCGACCUACCGCUCGAGGAGAAAAUGAAGGCCCCUCAUCCACCUGGGCCUAUGCCCCAUAGAGGAUACUCGAGUAUCGGCAAGGAGAAGGUAUAUUCUCAAUCAGACGUUGAAAACCACAAGAAGAGUGGCAACGUGGGACAGUCCUUGCGCAAUGUCUCAGAUUUCAAGGAAAGUUAUGAAAUUGGUCAUGAACAGGAUCCUGUACAGCAAAAUAUCUGGUUACCUGAAGAUGUACUCCCAGGUUACAGGGCUUAUAUGACAGCCCUGUACGACAGGCUACUGGGCGUCAGCAAAACCAUAUUGGAAGCAAUUGCUAUCGGGCUCUCCUUGAAUGCCGAUGAGUAUACAGAAUGCAUGAAGUUGAUUUCUGAUCGAAGUUGUCAGCUACGUCUUCUACAUUAUCCGGAGGUGACAAAGAAUAAAUUGGAAACCGAACUUUUGGCAAGGCUGCCGGCACACAAUGAUUGGGGUACCAUGACCUUGCUUUUUCAAGAUGAUAAUGGUGGUCUCGAGCUCAAAGAUCCCCACUCUGGCGUCUUCAUAUCAGCGAAACCUGAAGAAGGAGCCCUGGUAUUGAACGUUGGUGACAUGUUGCAGCGAUUCACGAACGAUUACUUCGUCUCAGCACUCCACCAGGUGGCUGUCCCUGACCCCGACGCUGUACCGGAGUCGGGUAUACCUCCACGUUAUUCGAUACCCUUCUUCGCAGUGUGUGAGUUCUCACACACUAUAGCAACACUGGACCGGUUUAUUACACCCGAAAAUCCCCAGAAAUACGAUCCAGUGAGAUUUGACGAAUAUGGGGCAAAGAUAUCUCAGUACCAGUAUCAAGAGAAGGACAAAUAAUAGUGUUUAAAUCAUGGCCACCUUCACUAAAAUAGCCCUUCUAUGUUUCAAUAAACCAAUUUCCCUCGUUAAAGACAUCUUAAACUAGGUUCGCAUACGCGUAUAUUACACAUAUAUGUCAGCAUCUGUAUUAGCAACAUCUAGAUCUGUUGACCCCGUCUCUGACUUUCCUACUCAAUUAAUAACUAAUGUAUUGCUG